AUGCCUCUUAUAAAUGGGCAAAAGAUGGCCUGCGAGCCGUGCAUCCGCGGCCAUCGUUCGACCAAAUGCACACAUGCGAAUGAGCGGCUCAUGGUUCCGGUACGGAAACCUGGUCGCCCCCUUAGUUCAUGCCCGCACCCAUCCUCACGACCGUGUUCGUGCGCGGCAGUCACUGCCGCUAUUCCCAGGAAACAAAAAUGUCGAUGUGGAACGUCAGAUCCGGUUGAAACUGAAAAUAAGUCCGAAAAGGAUGCAUCUAGCAGCAGCGCGGCAACACCUCCUAGCCCUUCAAAGAUUGCUACCGCUGGCUUCCGAGUCCAGAAGUCAGGGGCAAAGGCAGGACCGAGCAGGAAACAGUCUGUCGACAUUACCGGACUCCAAAGGAUGGAUGCCAACCAACUCAACAUUAUGCCGCCUUAUAACGGGGUGAAUUCGCAGCAAUUGGGCACUUCAAGUGGCUCUCCCACGCCCAUGUCGAGCAUGCCGCUGUAUGGAUCAAUGAAUAUGACGCCACGCGAAGGCUCUUUCAACAAUGAAGCUGCAAUGUUUCCCGUAUUUCCAUAUGCAAUGGUUCCCCCUAUGAUCCCCUCGGGCUCGCUGAGAGCGCCUGGCAACGGUCAGAAUGGAGCUUUGGCGAAUGGUUCUGUCAAAUCGGAAACGGAAGCGGAAAUGGAAGCUCCUAAAAGCUGUUGCGGAGGCAAUAGUGCUGUCAAAAGCCCAAGUGAUGCUUCUACAGUGCCGGCAACUGCACCAACACCGACUGUGAAUGGUAAUGAUGAGGCCGAACCUGCGGCGAAGAGCUGUUGUUCGUCUGCGCCAUCCUCAUCUGCCCAGGAAAAGAAGCCUGCAGUAGGCAUUAUGCCUCCUCCUGGUGUUCCUUUCCCACCCAAUGGCAUCAUGAUGCAGCAUUUUCAACACCCCAUGGCUAUAGCGAAUGGGAUGUAUCCCUUCUAUGCCCAGCCCAACAUCUUCAACUAUCCUCCGCACUACGGGUCUUAUAUGCAACCUCUUCAACCUGAGCAGUGGAGACAGCUGAUGGCUGCAAUGAGUUUCGGUCAGCCGGGAAGUAGCCAACCGUUUAUUAUGGGAGGACCUGUACCGGUGCAACAACCCCCGCCAACUCCGAACGGGUCAGCCUGGACGUCACAUCAAUGCACAUGUGGUGACGCUUGCCAGUGUGUCGGUUGCGCUGCCCAUCCUUACAAUGAAGCAACUCAGAACUACGUACGCUCGGCCUGGUCAUCCAUGAUGGAGGAGACGCAAAAGUCGCACGCACAUACAAACAGCAAUGGACCUCAUCCAAACGGCCAAACCAACGGGGUAAAUGGUACCAAUGGCGAAACCGACGAAUCGGUCAGGACCACCUCGAACGGAAACACAACGCCUAUUAAGUCCACCGGCGACGGGACUUGGUCGCCUACGGCACCUCAGACUCCUUCUGACGGUGCGUCUGCAAUGAGCGAGGAGCAGGCACUCUCCGCCAGCGAUUUCUUUUUCGUCAGCUAUCCGUUUGGCGAUACCUGCGCUGGAGAGACGUCAAGCUGUCUCUGCGGCGACGACUGUCAGUGCAUUGGGUGUACUAUUCAUAAUAACUUGGAGCCGGCGCCAAGUACCGAGGGCCCCAACGCCUAA